UUUUGUCAGUCAAUCGAAGGUGACGUAUCUGUAUUCCAUACUAAAAAAAACAACAUUUUCAAGAACGAAAUCAGCAAAGAGAUCGUUUAAAUUGCCAACACGGAGGCAGGGGAGCGUCGACCGUGAUGUGAGGGCUCGCGGGGACGAGCGCACGCCUAUGUCAGACUCCCAAGCGAAAGGCCAAGAGGCCAUGAAUGACAGACGUUCGUUUUUCUACCCAGACAGUAGUAGUGACACCGAAGAAUACAGAAGGGACAACGAAGAACGUCGCAAGCGUUUGUCGAAGCGUACAGGGCUGAAUAUACGUCCGCGUUUAUCUACAAUGCCACCUAAGAACCUUAGCUCGAACAACCCGACGCCUUCCACGUCCACGGCCCAGGAACCACCCAAAAAUCGGUCCGAGAGCCAGAACCAGCUGUGUGACGACAGGAUCACACUCGUGGUGGACAACACGAGAUUCGUAGUGGACCCCGCGCAGUUCACAGCUCACCCUAAUACAAUGCUUGGAAGGAUGUUUAGUUCUGGUCUGGAAUUUACACACCCAAAUGAGCGUGGGGAAUAUGAAGUUGCUGAGGGUAUUUCGGCAACGGUGUUCCGCGCCAUUCUGGAGUAUUACAGAGGUGGCACUAUCCGCUGCCCUCCAACUGUCUCAGUGCAAGAGCUCCGCGAGGCUUGCGACUACCUGCUCGUGCCGUUUGAUGCCAACACUGUGCGCUGCCAGAACCUGCGCGGCCUUCUACACGAGUUGUCCAAUGAAGGCGCUCGCCGUCAGUUCGAGUCAUUCCUGGAGCGUCUCAUACUGCCGCUGAUGGUGCAAUCGGCGCAGCGUGGCGACCGCGAGUGCCACGUGGUGGUGCUGCUUGACGACGACGCCGUUGAGUGGGACGAGCAGUAUCCGCCGCAAAUGGGCGACGAGUACAGUCAAACAGUGCUCUCUACACCUCUAUACAGGUUUUUCAAAUAUAUCGAGAACAGGGAUGUGGCCAAACAAGUAAUGAAGGAACGUGGUUUGAAGAAGAUCCGUCUGGGUGUAGAGGGCUACCCAACAUACAAAAGAAAAAAAGUUCGCAAACGACCGGGCGGACGCGCUGAGGUCAUAUACAACUACGUACAGCGACCAUUCAUUCAUAUGUCUUGGGAAAAGGAGGAGGCCAAGAGCCGCCAUGUUGAUUUCCAAUGCUUCAAAUCGAAAUCUGUUACAAACCUGGCUGAGGCCACAGCUGACCCCGCUAUUGAGCUAGAACCGAGCCGCGCUCGCGAGGAGGAAGCGCUGGAGCCGCCGGACGCGCCCGAUGAGGAGCCACAGUGAUCGCGCCGGCUCUACCGCCCUGCCGGCGCCUGGCUCGGCCUGUUGUGCUGGUUGUGAGCGGCCGCGACACCCACGCCACCAGGCGAGCCGGUCUGCAAGCGCAUUCCAGUUUAUCUCACAUAGGAAUGUUUUGCGAGUGUUCCUCCAAAAACGCGUGUUAGGCUGAGUAGAAGGGUUGCGGUGAGCAGCUGCAAAUGUCUGUGUGGUGGGACAGUGUCGCGGGACAAUGACUUGCGUACUUAAAGUUGAUGUCGCGUUGUUCGCAAAUUGUGCAGUGACAGUGAAAAAAAUAUGAAAUAUCAAUAAAGCAGUCCUUUUUUGAAGGUUCACACUUCAAAAAUGUUAUAUUUCAUUUUUUUGUAAUGAUUGGCCUAAAAUAUACUGUACAAUAUUAAUUGCAUUUUUUAAUCAUAUUAGGUGGUCUGACUUGUUUAUUUGUCACUGUACAACAUUUUUACAGAUGCAUUAUGAGUGUUGAUUGUUAUAUAAUUUCAUCUGCCCGAAGCCUGUGUACAUAUUGAUAUAAUUUCUUAAAGCCUACUAAGAAAAUAUUAUAUUAUCAUCUAUUUUCAAUUAAUGUACAAAGCAAGUUUAAAGUCCUUUAGAAAAAAUAAAUAGUUGACAGUGUUUAUUAAACAUAAUUUCUCAAGGAAUAAAUAAUACUAUGUGCACAUAGCCUUAGUUUAUUUUUUAAAAUUAAUGUAUGCCGUACUUAUGAACACUUUGACCAGUAUUUCAAUGAAGCACUGCUAUUUAUUUCACUUCCUUUACAUUGCCUUCAGUAUAAAAAAGCAUUGUUUACUUCGAAUACAGGUUAAAGAAAUAAAAGUAGGCAAAUUUUUUUAAACAGAUGUAUGUAUACCAAAAAGUAUAUUCAAUUUUAACGGUCAUUUGAUUGAUUCAAAAUGUGUGUUCACAUACUACAUUGUAUUUAUAAAUGGUAUAAAUUACUGGAACACAUGCAUCCAUUCACUAAACUGAUAGUAAAUUGAUUAGAACCUACGAUUUGGUUAAGUUAGAUUGUUAACCCAUAAUUAAAGUUCAAAUUCAUAAUUAUUCCUGAUUCAAAAUGUUUGCAAAUCACCUUAAAGCUAACCAGAACACUGUCAGUCAUUUGUGCCAGAUAAAGAAGUUAGUAUGUCUUAUAUAAAUGCUGGCAAGAGAAUAUAUAUUAAACAUACAUAAAAAAAAAUACACCAUAAUUUUAUGAAUAUACUAACAAAAUAUCAGUAACAAAGUUGUCUUGUAUUAAUACUAGAGAUUAGAAAAUUUGAUAUGGGUCAGUAUGAUUGACAAACAUUUUAACCCAAUACACUUUUACAACUGUAUAGUCGGUCUGGGCGUUAGGGCUUAUAAAAAGUUUCAGUUAGUCACUUUACUAUCUUAUAAUCUAUUUUGGUAAAGAGAGCCUGCGACUUGUAAUAAUAAGAACACUACUAUUUGACUGAUUAUGAAAAUUUAUUGAUGUAAUAAAACUAACAAAAUACUAGAUUGUCACAAUAUGUGAAUUGUUAAAGAAUGUUAGUAGAAAUGGUUUUUUAUUAUAGUAAUUAGGUUUGGGAGGAUUAACAGUUAUGGUUGGCUUUUACAAGUCCUUCUAUUCAUAUCUUAUGACUAAAAUAUGUACUAAUAUAGGGAAAGAUUUUGGUACAGAUUGUGGGUGAUACCUGGAGAAUCAACAAAAGAAAUACUGUAGUUGAUCACUUGAUAGAUAAUAUAUAGGACAGUGCAGUCAUAUCAACAUUUUAUAAACUCGCUGAAUUGUAGUUGAACGCCCAAAUUGUUAUAGACAUGCCUUAAUUAUACUAAGAAUUUAUGUGUAAAAAUGCAAAAAUAUGUGAAUUAUACACGCAUAACAUAAAUCUACGAAUAAUUAUAGUUAACAGGAUACUACAACAAUAGCAUAAAAUAUUUUAGUCUAAAAAUAUUCAAUCGGCUAUCUAUGUGCAAAAUAUUAACAUUUUGAAAACCAAAGUAGGGUUCUUCAGAAUCAUAGAAUUUAAUAGCUUCAUGCAAGUGCUUCAUAUAACUAUAUUGUGAAGAUAUUUUAUGCUGUUGUUGAAUCAUUCUUGUACUUCUUUUAAGACGUAAUAUCGGCGGUUUUAGAUGUACUUUAUUCGGAAUAUUGUUUUCUACAAGUAUAUAAUUUUAACCAAUUUAUUAAUUGUAUUUUUACUCAUGAAAAGCAAAUUUGUAUACUUGGUUACUAAAUUUAAAUAUAAUAUUUCUUCUGUGUAUUAAUUACUCAUUAUUAAUCGAGAAAAAUCAGGGUGUUCCUAACAGCUGUAAAUGAUAAUCGAGGAAAUUCGCGUCCAAUAAAUUUAUCAGUGUUAAUAGUAAUUGAUUAGGUAAUAUUUUUAACACUAAUUUAUUUUGUCGCUUUCUUCCUAAAAAAAUGUUACAAAUGUGAUAGACACUAAACAAAAACUUAUUAUGCAAGAAGAAGUUGUUUGAAACAUUAUUGUUCAGAUCAUAAUAAAUGAAUCAUGACCUUUUGGAAAGUUAAUUAUUAUGCAUAAUACCAUACAAAAUAUUUCGCCCCAAUUAAUGGAUAAAUUGCGAUAAUGGUGGGUAAAAAUUAACGUCAAAUUGAAUAUAAGUUAACAUGAACACUCUGUAUCAUAAUGCACAAAACUAAAAAAAACAUUCCAUAUAUAGUGUAUUCGUUGGCCGCCGCUGUUUCUCGUGUCGUUUGGCUAAUUCGCUUAAGUAAUUAUAACAAUGUUCAUAUUUUAUAAAAUUAGUACUUUGUACCAUGUACUGCUGGGUUUUGUAAUAAAAGCAUACAUAUCCUCAA